AUGACACUGAACGAACAUGCGCUGCAAACUUCGAAUCUUUUGGCAAAUCCUAGAAUAGAUCCCCAGGGCACAUGCUACAUCCACUUAGAGCUUCGUUACCGUGAAGUGAGACAUAAAUUGCACUUACCAUACGGUGAUUGUCUCGUGAGUCCCAGCAACAGCUCUCCGAUGGCGCGAUUCGUGGUACAGCGCGUGCAGGCCGGUUCGGAUUCUGAUCAAAACUUCCUGCAACAGUUAAUCAACAAAACAUUAAAUAAAAAUGCAGGAACUGAAUUGCCUGCUAACAGCCCUACAACUGAAACCAUACUUACUGACUUACCAAAUGAAACCAUGGAUAACAAUUUGAAAGAUAUAGAUGCUGCAAAAAAUUUUAUGUGGCCAGAUAAUGCGGUGUAUCUUCUGCUAGAAUUAUACAAAGAAAAGGAAGAAAUGUUUAAUACCUCAUUUAAAAAACAUAAUAUUUUGUGGAAAGAGAUUGCUGCAUCAAUGAUGGAAACAAGUAACACUUACAAUGUGACGGGGCAACAAUGUUCUAAUAAAUUAUCUGGAUUAAAGCGAACAUAUCGAAAUAUUAUCGACCAAAAUAAAAAAAGUGGCAAUGGUCGAAAUUCGUGGGAAUUCUAUUCUAUAAUGGAUUCAAUAUUUGGAAAAAAAGCAUCCACGAAACCGCCUGUUGAGGCAUCCAGCGAUGGUCCACUACCACCGACACCAUCGACUUCGAAUAUAUACACUUCAACUUCAACUCCUGAAGUUCAAAAUUCAACUAGGAAGAGAAAGGUUGAGAGCAUAUUAGAAAAUUUCAUAGUCAAUAUUCGUGAGGAAAGAGAGAUUGUAAAAAAACGGAUCGAGAAUAAUGAAAUUCGUCAACAAAGUCGAGAAGCGAAAUACGAUGAAGAAAGACGUGAUCGUUUGAAAAUGCAUAUAACGAAAAAAUGGAAAUAUCUAAAUCUUUGA